AUGAGACUCUGGCAACGGGAGAGCACUGUGCAGCGCAUCCCAGGAGGCAUGUACGUCAAGUGGGGGACACUCGUCCGUCCAGCGGAGGCAGAAGCCACACGUUUCGUCGGCACUCACACGUCGAUCCCAGUCCCGGUCAUCGUCGACAGUUUCACCGUCGAAGACGUGACCUGGAUCAUCAUGUCUCGUCUUCCAGGCUAUAAUCUGGGAGACUCGUACGACUUGAUCACCCCGGAGAUUGAGCAGGAGCUGAGCGACCAGCUCGCGCGUUUGCUAGCGCCGCUUCGCGCUAUCCCUGCGCCGAGCCCCGCCGUUUGUGGAUUCGGUGGGGGGCCCAUCUACUGCGAACGCUUAGCGAUGGAUGCUCCCGCCGUCGGUCCGUUGGAAAACAUCGAUGUUUUCCACCACUCACUCCUCGCCCGUGCCGGCCCUCUGAGGAUACCGGACGAGGAGGAUGCCAAGGUUGUGCACGAAACGAUCAAGAGGGCCCAUGAACGACCCCACCGGCUCUGCUUGACACACAACGACCUCGCUCCGCAUAACAUCCUCAUUGACGAUGACUGGAAAAUCUCGGGGAUAGUCGAUUGGGAAUCGUGCGCAUGGAUGCCGGAGUAUUGGGAGCUGACCAAGGGUACAUACCUCUUCCAGUAUCGACAAGGGAUUUGGCAUACCGUCUUGACGUCCGUCUUCCCGAAGUACAACGAGGAGCUGAAAGCGGAGAGGUAUAUCACCGACUACAGACGCUAUUACACUUAG